UAUUUCUUUGAAAUUUUUAGCUGCAACCCCCGGCAUGACUUCGCCUUAUGGAACAACUCCUGGACAAUCGCCUCUCCCUCCCGAUAUAGCUGGUGCAUCAACAUCUUAUAGCCAACCGUCUGAAAUAACUCAUGGCGAAAUCCCAGGAAUGACUCUUCCGCAUACUCCAAUGGGAGAAAUACAAUCUGAUAGCGACGAUGAACCAAAACAACCUAGAUGCUUCGGAUGUUUCUCCACAAAGAGUAAGCGAAGACAUGGACAUCGCAAUAAACGGUCAAUCGAGAAAAUAUUUUUGGGAACAAAUAACCGUCAAAAACGCAUGGUUGGAACAAGUAGUGCACCUUCAAGUCAAAUGCGAUUGAAUGCUCAAUUUUGCGGAAUUUGGUUGGCCCCAAUGUGGUUCGGAAUCAAUUUUAUGAUGUUCAUUCUUGGUUGGAUGUUAUUGGCUAUGCAAUAUUAUCCAUUGCUUGUCUGA